UCUCGACGCGUACGGAACCAGUUCCAGGAUGAAACCGGUUUGGAACUAGUUUCCAUUGGUUUUUCGGCCUCCUGCGAGACCGUGCCACGACCGAGAUUGGCACUCGUACCGGACUUCUCUCGGAGAUUGGAACGGAGGUUACGUUACGAGGGCACGCUAAUAUGGCCGAUAUUACAGAGCAGAAAGGGGAAAAGGUCGAUGCACAAAUGGAAAUCAAGCUGGAACCGACGCUACAGUGUUACGUCGAGGAGGAACACAAAAACGGUUUUCCCGGCUUCGAAAAUAAUGGAGCGAUACUAUCGAGCGCAGACGUCGGCGCUCUGAGAAUGUGGACCAGCAAAGCAACUACGUGUCUCAUCAGCCAAUACAAAAAGUAUCGAUCAAUGGUAGGGAAAUCUACACAGAUCAGAAGCCUGCGGGAAAUGUUUGAGAUGAUCUCACUUGAAAUGCGAAACUACGGAUUUUACUUCAGCCCACAGAAAUGCGAGAACAAAUGGCGAGUUCUUGAACGUAAAUACAAGAACCUUGUCUUUCGGGAACGACUGAAAAAACCAGGCAGAAUGAGCCACUUUGGACCCUGGGAACAUAGAAGAGCGUUGGAUGAAAUUUUUAAUAAGAUAAGAAGGCACAAGUAUUUGGAAGAAAGUGAAGUUUCGUCGCCAAGUAGUGGCUCCGCAAAAUACACGUUUAUACUACCGAAACCGAUAUCCGAGGAGCUAAACAAUACCAGCGAUGAUCCUCUCGCGACACCAACAUCGAACUCAGUGACAAACAACAAAAAGGAGGAGCUGGAUGAUAAGGGGUCUCUGACAGCUCUUUUCGAAAGAUUUUUGGACGAGAUGUCGAGAAAUUUUGCAGUUGCGGAGAAGAACAGGGAAAAAAGGCAUAAAGAAGAAAUUGCGAUGCGACAAAACGAGCUUGAAAUACAGAAGAGACUUUUAAAGUUGAAGGAACAAAAGAUGGAGUUGCAGAAGUGCCAAAUUAUCGCUGCCGCCCAACACUUACAUUUGAAUAUGUAAAGAGGGUCUGGUUGAGUAUUGAUAAACUGACAUUUAUCGAAAGGUGUACUUUUAAGACAGCAAUGACUCUACAUUUUAUAUAUAAAUACAUAUAUGUAUUAGUACAUAACAGCGCGUGAUGAAGUGUCACACAAUAAUAUAAAUACUUCCAUAAAU